GCGGAGGGCCCCGCCCCGUCACCAUGGCGACGCCGAGGCCGAGGCCGAAGCCGAAGCCGAAGCCGAAGGGGCCGCCCAGGGCGGAGGAGAUGGCGGUCGCCUGGGAGCGCCACGGCCCGGGGCCCCGCCGACCCUGCGCCGCCGACGCCCACGGACGCCUCCGCUGGGACCCCCCGGCCGCGCCCGCGCCCGCCCUCGCCCUCGCCCUCCCGCAGCUCCUCACGUCGGUGUUCCUCCCCCGAGGCUUCCCGGACAGCGUCAGCCCCGACUACCUGAGCUACCAGCUGUGGGACACGGUGCAGGCCUUUGCCUCCAGCCUUACGGGGUCCCUGGCGACCCAGGCCGUUCUGCGGGGAGUGGGGGUGGGCGAUGGAACAGCCUCUGUCUCUGCAGCGACGGUCACUUGGCUCCUUAAAGAUGGGACUGGCAUGCUGGGACGCAUCGGCUUUGCCUGGAAGAAGGGGAGCAAAUUGGACUGUGAUGCUAAGAAAUGGAGGCUCUUCGCUGAUGUCCUCAACGAUGCCGCCAUGUUCCUGGAGAUCGUGGCACCGGCUUUUCCGGCUUACUUCACGCUCACCGUCUGCGUCAGCAGCCUGGCCAAGUGUAUCGUGGGAGUGGCCGGAGGGGCCACGCGGGCGGCGCUGACCGUGCAUCAGGCCAGGAGGAACAACAUGGCCGACGUCUCAGCCAAAGACGGGAGUCAGGAGACCUUGGUGAAUUUGGCCGGACUUCUAGUCAGCCUCAUGCUUCUCCCGCUGGUGUCCGACCGGCCGAGCCUCUGCCUCCCUCUCUUUCUCCUCUUCACCUCCCUCCACCUCUAUGCCAACUUCCGAGCCGUGCGGGCCGUCGUCAUGGAAACCCUGAAUGAGGCCCGCCUUCGCCUGGUGCUGGAGCACUUCCUGCGAGAGGGGCAGGUCCUGAGCUUGGCUUCGGCCAAUGAGAAGGAGCCCCUGUGGACAGAUGUCGGCCCGGCCCUGACCUUAGCCCUGGGGGUCCCCCUGCACAGCCUGGUCUCAGACGUCUCUGACCUGCAGCUGAUGAAGGCCGGGCACCAACAGGCCUACCUACUGCACUGGGACCGGGCUCGAGGCCACGUGCAAGUCGCUCUGGCCCAGACUGCUGGGCCCAGAGCCAUCUUGAGGGCCGCAACCCACGGGCUUCUGCUGGGGUUCCUGUUGGAAGAGGAGCCCCUUUCCGGGGAGUCGGAGGCGCUGCGGAAACGGGUCAAGGCGGCCCCAGAGAUGGAAAGUUGGGCCAUCAUCGAGCAGACACACCACGUCCUGGAUGCCCUGUUUCCUGACUUCCUGAGAGGGCUGCAGGCAGCAGGCUGGGAGACCGAGCGUCAUCUCCUAGAGGUGGACGAGUGGAGAGCCGGCUGGUCGCGUGACGACAAGAAGAGUCUCUGAGAGCCCCCGGCGGGCCCGUCAUCUCCCCGGGCAGGAGCCAAGGUGGAAGGAAGGAAGGAAGGCCGCGCACAGUGAGUUCCUGAUAGGGCAGAGAGUCUCUCCCUCACUGGCAAGUUUUAUUUUGGGCCGUUCUCGCCAACCCACAGAGAGCCACCAUUUACAAACCCCGAAGUUGAAGCAGCCCGUACGGGCUGAGUCCACGGCCGGUGUUCAAUAAAUCUCUGUUGGAGGCGA